AUGUUGUUCUUUUAAUUCGUUUUAUCGGUCAAGGUCGUUCAACUGGAUGAGGCUGGUGGGAGAGGAUGGCCGAAGCAGAAAAAGUGCAGUGGCCUAACAACCGCGAUGCGUAUGAGAUAAAAGACGUCAUAGGUGCUGGUGCAACAGCAGUUGUACAGGCAGCCAUUUGUAAACCGCGCAACGAAAGGGUUGCCAUUAAAAGAAUUAACCUGGAAAAAUGCAAUACGACUGUGGAGGAACUACUGAAAGAGAUCCAGGCCAUGAGCCAGUGUAAGCACGAAAACGUAGUGGGCUACUACACGUCGUUCGUGGUCAAGGAAGAACUCUGGGUGGUCAUGAAGCUCUGCAGUGGAGGGUCGAUGCUUGAUAUCAUCAAAAGCCGGAUGAAAUCUGGAUCCUGUAAGGCAGGAGUAAUGGAUGAGGCAUCUAUUGCGACUGUCCUGAAGGAAGUGUUGAAAGGCUUGGAGUAUUUCCACAACAAUGGACAGAUCCACCGGGACAUCAAGGCUGGGAACAUCCUACUGGGGGCUGACGGAGCAGUGUAUAUUGCUGAUUUUGGGGUGAGUGCCUGGCUGGCGACUGGUAAGGACAUCACCAGGGACAGUGUCCGACACACAUUUGUAGGAACACCAUGCUGGAUGGCUCCAGAGGUUAUGGAACAGGUAACAGGUUAUGACUUUAAGGCAGACAUUUGGAGUUUUGGGAUUACAGCGAUUGAACUGGCGACUGGCACGGCACCGUACCACAAAUAUCCACCAAUGAAAGUAUUGAUGCUAACAUUACAGAACGAACCCCCAAAUUUAGAUACCAGUGCAGAAGACAAAGAACAAUAUAAGGGAUAUUCCAAAAUAUUACGUAAAAUGAUCGGAGAAUGUCUACGAAAGGAACCAGAUAAAAGACCAACUGCCAAACAGCUUCUGAAACACGAGUUCUUUAAGAAAGCUAAGGACAAGCAGUACCUUAUAAAGUCCCUUCUGUCUGAGGGUGUUUCCGUGAAACCCCAGAAGGUGAAGCGAGUUCCAGGGUCCAGCGGAAAACUCCACAAGAACGAGGAAGGGGAGUGGGAAUGGUCGGACGAUGAACUGGUCCCCGAGGAGCAGGGGGAGGAGGCCUCGGGAUCUAGGGAUGGCGAGGAGAACACGGAAACUCCGACUACAGAAAAUGACCAAACGUCCAAAAGCAGCACUACUGCAGAGAAACCGGAGGCCACCCCGAGUUCAUCGACUGAAAAUGUGUCUUCUGAAUCGACUGCAACGUUAGUCAAUGAGUCUCUGGAACCAGCCUUGCCUGCGACAGCACCUCAGGGCAUUCAGACUGAAGGCCAGCAGGGGGCGGUUCCACUAAAUCUAGUGCUACGGCUCAGGAAUGAAAAAAGAGAAUUAAAUGAUAUCAAAUUUGAAUUCACUAUUGGUCAAGACACGGCAGACAGUGUGUCCCGGGAAAUGGUGGAAGCAGGCCUGGUUGAUGGAAAAGACAUGAUUGUUGUUGCUGCCAAUUUACAGAAAAUCCAGGACAAUCCUGACCUCAAGAACGUAACAUUUGCUUUAAAUUCGGGAUGUGGUCCCAAUGAAGCACCAUGUGACAAGACGUUGAUUGGAUUUGCACAGUUGUCGAUAAAUGACGGAACCGUGGCCCCUCUGCAGUAAUUCCGGUCAGACAGAAGCUUCUGUGAUACUCUAUAAUCUUAUGCAGUGCCAAGCAAAGACAAGACUGAGAAAUAUUCAACGGGUUAAACCCGUGGGGACGGCUGCUGUUUGAGGAUAUCGAUCCUUGGAUGAUUUUUUAACACCGUGGACAAAUUGAAGGAAACACAUUGUAUUAUAUGUAUUUAGUUGUUAAGCGAGGGCAUUCAUUACAAACUUGACUCCCACCAAAAUUUUUAUAGUGUUCUGUAGGUGUUCAAGACUCGCUGCUUCAGACUAUCCAUCUGGGAAAGUCUCGGGUGAAGUCAAACUUUCCAUUUCUUGUUUAUUAGUUUAAAUACACUUUUUUUUUUUUUAUAUCUACCAUGUUUAAUGAAAAGGUAGAUUUUGAAUUGUCUAUGGUUAGAGAGGUGUGCAAUUUGUGAUGAGUAGGUGUCAGUGAUAGAAUGCACUAAGUCAGCUGCUCAACAAAGGCAGAUUCAUGUGUUCAUCUUCUAAAAUACGUGCUGAGGUUAAAGGGUCGUGUUUAGGCAGACUUUGUGUUUUUUUAAGAUUUGAAUUCUUGUUCUAAUUAGUAUUUCUACAUUGUGGCUGUGUUGGUUUUGGUUAUAUAGUUGCAGGCUUUCUCAAAUAUAACUGAAGUAGCUUCCAUGUUUUCCUAUAUAAGUUUUAAAACAUUGUUUAUUACCAGGUAUUUUCCGGUAUAUGCAUAGAAAAAGGUGUGUUUUAUUUUUUAAAAGUGAUGCACAGCAUCCUUCAGCAGGUGCAGAAUAGCUGAUUUAGUAGUUUGACCAAACCUGAUAAGUACUAAUUAAAAAGGUACUGUUAAAUUAAAAUAUGGACUGCAGGCAUGCUUUGUUGAUUAUUCUGUAACAGUAAGCUCUAUAUUAUAAGAGAUCAGCUUUACAUAUUAUUUAUUUGUCUUUGCUGGAUGUAUUUCCUUGCAUAAUUUUGUUUUAUGGAACAAGCCGUCAUUUUGUGUCUUCUAGCAGCUCAAAUUUAUUGCACAUAUCACGCACGUUACUUUAGAAUGUGCAUGUCACACUCAUGCUGAAUGCGGGUGGUGUUUGAAAGGAUUCCAUAAAUUUUAAAUAUUUUAUUUUUGUCGUGUUGUGAACAGUUCAGAACUUCUGAAUGCUACAGAUACUUUUCUGAAAUGCUGUUUAACAGUUGAUUACUUCUUGCGUAGAUUGCAUAUGGGACUUUUGCAUCAGUGAUCUUGCUAGUUAGGUUGGCAUUAGUUAAAAUUUGCUAGUUUAAAUUCUAGCUUGGUUCCUUCAAAUGGAUCGUUUUAUCAUAUGACAAAGCACUUUGUUAUACACCUGAAGUUUUUUCCUAGAAUAAAACCAGUACGAUUUCGAACCAACAAUUUUAACUGUUUAACCAACUCUCACACUUGUGUUCUAUUGACCAAUCAACUCCAUCUGUUUAUGGCAAACACCUUUAAUCUUGGUCAUAUCUUUUACACCAUAAGAGGUAGGGCUUUCAUAUUUGGUAUGUGUAUUUCUUGUGGCAAGACUUUUCUGUCGACAUCAAAAUCUUUGACCUGGUGACUUUAUCAUUGAGCUGUUGACCUACUUUUAGGAAAUUUGAAUAUAAAUCAUAUCGUUUAAAUCGUAAGAGGUACUCCUUUUAUAUUUCUUGUGAGACGACCUUUGCAACAGUACCAGAUUUGGUGACCUUGACCAUUGAUAUAGGUUUUGGAAAUUAAAAAAAAAAAUACAAUGUCGUAUAGUUUUACUUUGUUGUAAUCUAGGGGCAUCAGUGUCUCACAAUCACAUCUUUUCUUUUAACCAGUGGAUACAGUGAUACAUGUAGAUGUACACAAUCAGACUGUCCUGUUAAAAGGUCAAGGUCAACAAACCAUGUGCAUCUAGUAAAACAACCUAAAAUUAUGAAGGUGUAUAACAAAACAGUUAUAGACUGUGUCUGAGGACCCAGUCCAUAAGUGUACAUAAUAUUUACUUUGCCUCUAGCAGAGUUAUAAUCUGAAUAUGGGUACUGAUCUUGGCUGGAUGUUAAACUGUAUAUGGGUACCUGUUCUGGCUGGGGGUUAAUCUAUAAAUAGGUACAUGUACCUGUUCUGGCUGGGGGUUAAUCAAUGAAUAGGUACCUGUUCUGGCUGGGGGUUAAUCUGUAGAUUAGUACAGGUUGGGGGGGGGGGGGGGAUGGGGGGAUGUUGUUGUUAAUCUGUAGAUGGGUACUGUAUCUGGCUGUGGGUUAAUAUGUAGCGUGUCCCAUCUAGAAGCAGUGACGAUUAUUCUUGUCUGCUUAGUGUACAUUAGUACCAGGUGAAAGAAACUGGUUAUAGCUUUAAUUAGGUUUUGUGGUUAUAUGGAAGGAUAUAUCUUUUUUGAUUAAUGUGAAAAAGAAUUUGCUCAAAUGUUAUUCCAAAGUAUACCUCUAUUUUGUUUAUUAGAAAAUGGCUUGCUGUAUAAUGCUAUUUUUUUUCUUGCCAAAGCAAAAUGUAAUUUGGAUGAAGCGCUUGCAGAUUUCCAAGUCAUUGUCCAUUGGCAAUCCUUUUUCAUGAAUUUGAAAUAAGUAUUGCACAAACAAGAUACAUCUCACUUUUUCCCAUGUUUAUUUCCAAAAUGUAAUUUUAUGUGAUAUAGUUUGGUACUAUUGCAAUAUGGAAUAUUAUUUGGAUAAUCUAGAUAAAGCUGCAACUAAGCUCCUGUUUGUUGAAUUUUCAGGCAAUGUUAAUAUAUUAAUUUAUUUCAUUUUUCCAGCGUAAAUGUUGAGUUAUUUAGCGACACUUAAUACAAACAAACACUUAUUAAAAAUGAUAAAACUGGACACUGAAGUUAUGUUCAUAGAAGUCAAAUAAAUACAUUUCACCAAAUGGAACCUUAGUUUUGCCUUCCAUUUCUCAAUUAUCAAAUAUACAGUGGGUAAGGGAAAAAGAUGCAUGUCACAACUUUUGAACAUCACAGGAAAUUUACACCAAUUCCUUAAAGUUUAGGAAUUUGAUAUUUGUACAAAUUGCAGUCAGAAUAUACAAAGUAAUACAUAUAUAUCAACCCAUGCAUCGAGUUUUGUUUGUUUGUAUCAAGUGUUCUUAGUGUUAUUGUUGGAGAAUAUGGCUGAGGAGGGGUGGAAGAGAUUGACAUUCUUUGUACAUGUAUGCCGGAACAGUGAUUGAGUACAACUGGAGUGAGUUAAUGAUAUUACAUUGUUAUAUGUUAUGAUGGACUAAAGAUGGUUCAGUCUCAAAAUCUUAAGUUUAUGUAUUGUCCUGAUACAUGACGGGCAUUUUUGAUCCGAGAAGCCCAGUAGAAUUUAGAAUCUAAGAAGUUCUAAUGCUUUUUUCCUGUUCAAAAUACGAAUUAUUACAUUUGAAAAUAUGGUGGGUUUUUUUUCCCUUUCCUUUUUUUUUUUUUUUUUUAGCAAAAGGAAAAUGAACUAAAAUGGACAUUUAGAAAUAAAUUUCACCCAGUGGAGGUACUAGUGAAGACAAUCUUACAUGUAUGUUAAUAUCACCCGUCUUUAUUUUUGAUAUUUUAAUUAAUUCUUUAUUAUUACUGGCAAUAAACAAAACGGGAUAGAA